AUGAACCAGACACCCAAGGCCGAGUCAACUUCAACGCCCUCUCCCAACGCAACACCCCAGGGCUCGCCCUAUCCUAAACCCAUCAACCCGUACGCUAGAAUGUCCCAACGACGAGCAAUUGCGUGCACAAUCUGUGCGAAGGCAAAGACCAAGUGCGACAAAGCUGUUCCUUCAUGCUCCCGGUGCACAGCAAAGGGACUUCAAUGCGAGCCUCGAUCUACACGACGAACAUCGGACAACAGCUAUCGGAAUCCCAAGAAACACCUCGUCUCACCGAAGAGAUUUCCUACUACCAAUUCUAUCCCAGCCAUGGGCACGAUGGGUACGAUGGGCGCUUCGCCUCGAAGCGUUCCAAGCUCCGGCAGGCACCAAAUGGUACGAGCAGUUUCGCAGAUGGAUUUCCAUACUGCGGUGAAGCUUGGUCAACAACAGUCAAACUUCUCUGGCUUCCCUAUGCUCACCCCUCUGCAAACAUACACACCUCAGAUUGUCGACGAAUGUUACUCGUACUCCAGCAGCCCGGAACCCAGUAUGGGAGCUUUCUCGCAACCGAUGGAGAAGAGCGCCUUCCUUAGCUCCGGACGCUUGACACCUCAAACACCAGACACAUUCGCCUACCACGAGCCUCUGUCAAUUGCCGAUCCUUUCGACCAGUACAUGGAUACCCAAGCAUGGACUGACGACGGCUCAAUACCCAUCGGGCUUGGAUUCGAGGGCGACAUGCCUGGAAUGCUACCCGCCGACAUGUGGGCUACUCCCGAGCCUGAAGGCGUCAUUCCUAUGGGUCUCUGCGACUCACCAGCCCCGAUGAACGGCUGGUCGCAUCCGGCUUUGUCUCUAUCGCCUCCCCAAGCCCCGAGUAGCAUGCCUCCGCACAGCAAGGCCGUCCCUUCGCUGUCGAUAAGCGAAUGCUCCGCCGAAGACUUUAACUCCCCGAAUGGCGUCCAAGGGGAAUGGACAAGCUUUCAGCCCAAUGCGGGUCAGAUUAUGGGGAAGCCUAACGCCACCGGGGCAUUUAUGGAGAACGCGAAGGCUAUCUCGAAUAUCCAGCCGAUAUGGGAGGACCUCAUCGUCCCUCGUACGUCGGCUUUCUAA